GUUUUUUUUUUUUGUCAAUAUGAAAAGCAGCGAAGGGAAACUCAUCAAUCAGGGUGUGGCUUAUGAGAUGGAGGUGUUUGGGUACCGGCCCUGCCUGUGGAAGAUGAUCCUGGUGGGUGUCGGUGCAGUUUGCUCUGGUGGUCUCCUCCUGCUGCUGCUCUACUGGCUGCCCCAAUGGGGCGUCAAAGCGACCUACACAAAGUCCUCACUGAGGGAGGCACAAAUACUUCUGCUCAGGACUACGGACAAAUUCAAACAGUGGACUUGUGUCAAAGUACAUGUGAUGAUGGCGGCAGGGAAGACCCCCUUUGAUAAUUUCAAUCAGCAGUCAACAAAUCACCCGCUGAAUGGAGAUGACCAUCAAGGUCCCAAGACUGAACAUGAGGAACAAAUACGGAAGCUCAUCCCUCGCGAGUCUGUCAAGUAUAUGAAGCCAACUACAUUACUGACGGCCCCCCUCUCUUCAGUCCACUACUUUACCCACAACAGCAUCAAAUACUACUGGAAUGAAGGGACACAGAACUUUGAACCAUUUAAUGGUUUAGAGGACAUCAAGGUGAGCUGUGCAGCUAUACACAGGGACCACAGCUCUGGACUCCCGAAAACACAACAGCACUACAGAGCUUUGUUUUUCGGCAAGAACGAGAUUGACGUACGCGUGCCAUCUUUGUUAAAAAUCUUUGUGAAAGAGGUUCUGAAUCCAUUUUACGUCUUCCAGCUCUUUGCUCUUAUUCUGUGGUCCACUCAAGACUCCUACGAUUAUGCUGCGGCCAUGGCAUUAAUUUUUUUAUUUGCAAUCGCCUUAUCUCUGUACACCAUUCGAAAGCAACACGUGAGGCUGCAUGACAUGGUGGUGGAACACAGCAUGGUGAGAGUGUCUGUGUGCAGAGGAAAAAAAGGCACGCUUUCUGAUCAGGAAGUGGAAUCUGAAAUGCAUACAGUACACGCACAAAUAUUCAUGUGCAUACUCUCCCACACCCAUAAAUAUGUGCACUGCAUAUUUUAAAUCUUUCAUAUCAGUGCUUUAAUCAUUUCCUGCUGUGGAUCAGUGUAUAGUAAGCAUCGCCAUGUUUUUGCCAUUAAUUGCCA